AUGUGGCAGAGUGAUAUUUGUGCUGGCGGCGCUUACUCUAUAACUGUCUAUCUUAUUGGUUUGCGCGCGGCGGUUGACUGUCGUUUGUGUUGUUGUCUAUUUGCUUUCGUCUUACCGGCGCGCACCGGUGGCAUCAACACCGGCAGUGACAGUGGCAGUUGUAGCAGCAGCAACGGCGACACGGGUUUUCCGCCCUUUACGGAACUCUCGCAUAAUUUGCAGCAGUUGUCAGAGAAGGCACGUUCCACCACAGAAUUUAUACAGCGAUUAAAAGGCAUGAGUGACAAAGUGACGGAGUCUUGCAUGGAAUUCGAGAGACUGGUGACAGCACAAUGUGAAGCCUUAAUACAAGCAAUACACGACCGUCGUGAAUAUCUACUCGAGGCCAUACGCAUGGAUAAGGAUACAAAAAUCAGAAUAUUAAAGGAUCAACAAUCAAAUUGCACGGGCAAGUUGCAACAAACCACUGGACUAAUACAAUUCUGUAUUGAGGCGCUGAAAGAGACAGACAGUGCUGCCUUUUUACAAGUCGGCUCCAUGUUGAUUAAUCGCGUUGCCAAUACGGACAUGACCUGGCAUCAGGAAGUGACAAAUGCGGCUCCACGUGUUUCGCCAAUUGUCGACUUGACGCUAGACGAUGCUGCGCUGGUGCGUGCCAUUGAUAAUUUGAAUUUUAUACAGAUGAAAGCCGUCAAAGAUGGAGAAGAAAGAUUACCAGCAGCGCCAUUAGCGCCCACCAUUGUUCCAGAGGACUGUUCAGCGGAAAAUAAUUCGGUUACAGUGGCGUGGCAAGCACCGGCCCAUUCUUUCGUCGAUGGCUAUGUACUGGAGUUGGAUGAUGGCAGCGGUGGGGAGUUCAGGGAGGUCUAUUGCGGCAAGGAAACAAUUUGCACCGUCGACGGACUCCACUUCAAUUCAAUGUACAAUGCGCGCGUGAAGGCCUUCAACAAUGCGGGCGAGGGUGAAUACUCCGAGCUCAUUGGAUUGCAAACAGCGGAAGUUGCCUGGUUCACAUUCGAUCCGAUACUGAGUGGCGGCGCCGGCUCUGGUCUCGUUUUUACCAGCAACAAUGCCACCGUCUCGGUGGAGGGUUGGGAGCAUCGCGUUGCUUUGGGUUCAGUGGGCUUCUCGCGUGGCAUCCACUAUUGGGAAUUCACCGUGGACAAGUACACAAUGGAUACAGAUCCGGCAUUUGGUGUGGCGCGCAUCGAUGUCAAUCGCAACAAAAUGUUAGGCAAAGACGAAAAAUCCUUUGCCAUGUACAUCGAUGGCCAACGCUCGUGGUUCCAGCACAACUCUGUGCAUGAGCGACGCGUCGAAGGUGGCAUAACUACCGGCAGCACCAUUGGUGUACUGCUCGACUUGGAGCGACAUACUUUAAGUUUCCUGGUCAAUGAAAUGCCACAAGGUUCAGUAGCAUUCCGCGAUCUCUACGGUGUGUUCUAUCCGGCAGUGAGCAUUAAUCGUGGAGUGACACUGACCUUACACACCGCUUUGGAUGCGCCCAAAAUGGAUUACUUCUGAGUAAGAAUGAAUAAGAGUCGAUGUAAGCAGAGAGAGUGAGAAGGGAGAGAAAGAUUGUGAGAAGAAGUAGAUAGAGGUGGAGCGAAAGAAAGAGAGGUAGUGAAGUAGGCUGGGUGAAAGAGGGGUGAAAAGAGAGAAAGGGGUAGAGAGAGAGAGGGAGAGCUCGAGAAAGAGCAGUAAUUAGAGUUAAGGAGUGGAAAAGCUGCUCAGCUGUUGUGUACAUAUUUGCAUUAUAAAUAUUUCCUUAUUUGAGUGUAACAGUAAUUAAGGCAUAUAGGCAUAUGUGCAUGUGUGUUAAAUAGUACUACAUAUAGGCGUCUACUUACACAUACGCGUGUUUGCGUAACUACUUAAGGUAGACAUACUCAUAUUACAUUAAUUUUAAGUAGCAUAAUGGGGCGUAGGCACAUAUCUUAAGCAUUUAAAAUGAGAGAAAUACCAAAAGCGUGAAGGCAGGAAAGUGAAGUUAUAUUAUAAUAUAUACCUAUACAUAAUAUUAUACAUAGAAAGAAAAAAAAAUGUAUAAUAAAAUUGCGCAAAAAAUUAAAAUGAAAAGGUAUUUAUAUAAGAAAAAAACGAAAAAUUACUGGAUAAGCAUACACUGUUUAUUAUAAAUAUUUAGACGUACAAAAUUCAGCAGUGGACUUUCAUAGGCUUUCAUUCAUACUUAAAUAUUUAUACAUACAUACAUGCACGCAUGUAAUA